AUGCGACAAUUUCCUCCCCUACCUGGUGGUCAUACAUUACGUGAAGACACUGUUUGGAAAUGUGCCAGAGAAGCAUUUGGCAUAAACGACGAUGACGCCGUUUUUGAUGCUCUGUGGAGAAUGUUGUUGGAAAAAAAUGAGGCUCGAUUGCUGCAAAAUAUAAAAUCGGACUUUGGAAUUGAAAUCAUUGCCGACCACCAUCCACUCAUGGUCGAAGGCGAACCUAUGGAAGCAAUGGUUGUGACAGAAGAGGGUCUAGUUCCUGCAGAAAUUGUCGAUGAGCGUCUAUUACCCGAAGGAGCAACCAUAGAAAAUGUGGAAAUUGUCGAAGAAAGUGUGGUUAUCGAAGAGGAACAACAGCAAGAAACAGGAACAUCAGGAGCCGUGGAGGAGCAUGUAAUUGAAGAGCAUGUAGUGGAGGAACACCCAGAAACCCACGAUCAGGACAAGCAAGAGAGGGAUCAUCCUUCCGGUGAUAUACAUGUAGUAGAAGAGGUGGAGAUCCAGUCAGUGGAGACUGUCGAGACAGAACGAUAG